GACGGCAAGAGAUAGUCAAAACUUUGAAAAGUAUAGAAUGGUACAUAUAUAAUGCCGCGAUUUUCUCAGCUGUUCAGUUAGGAAUAAGCUAAAAACUGCAAUACCCUGGAUGUAACUUUUAUACCACCCAUCAUGCAACUUUUACAGCUAUCCGUUGCUGUGCUUCUGAUAUUUGCAGCUUCCCUAAGCAUAUAUCGACUUUACUUCUCGCCUCUUUCUAGGAUUCCCGGUCCCAAGCUCGCAGCACUGACCUACUGGUACGAAUUCUAUUUUGACGGAUGGCUCGGCGGCAAAUACAUCUUCAAGAUCAAGGAGUUUCAUGAAAAGUAUGGACCCAUCGUACGAAUAAAUCCCCAUCAUGUCCACAUCAAUGACAUCGGUUUCUAUGAUACUAUAUAUGCACCAGGCGGCACAAAACAUCCCCGGAACAAGAUCCGUUGGAUGGCGUUGCAUUUUGACAGCAUGUUCGACACGUUUGACGCCGCUUUACAUCGCAAGCGUCGUGCGGCUGUAGCAUCACCUUUUUCGAAACAGUCAAUACGUGCUCUGGAGCCCGCCAUUGUUGAUAUCAUAACCCAUGUCAUAGCACGAUUUGAAAAACUUGCCGGUACAGGUGCUGUAGUGGGAGUACAUUCAAUCUGGAAUAGCCUCACUCAAGAAGUAAUUGGCCAAUAUUGUUUUGGAGCUAACAAAAUGAGCGAUCUUCGCGAAGGCGGGGACGACGCUCAAUUCAUACAACCAGAUCAUGUAGUGGACCAUGUGCAUGCGUGGGGUCGCAUGUUUCCAUGGGUAUUUGACAUGCUCGCCAAGAUCCCCUUGAGCGUCCUUGGGCUCUAUGACGAAAGACUCGGCGCCGCGGACAAGUUUAACAAGGAGAUAGCAGAUCAAAUCGCACGGGUAUUAGAAUCAGACCAGCCACACGUUGGGAACAAGAACGUGUUUCACGAGAUGCGCGACAGCAAACAUUUACCGUCUGAGGAUAAGCAGUUCAGCUAUUACCAGAGCGAGGCGGGGAGCUUCAUCGGUGGCGGCACCGAGACGACGGCUAGCGCCCUGACUACUCUGACUUAUUUCGUGCUAGAAAAUCCUGAUGUCUUGAGGAAGCUUCGCGAAGAACUUCGGACUGUCAUGCCGUUGGGCCAGAAAGAGUUGCCUCCGACUUCAACUCUAGAGGGUCUGCCCUAUCUUACCGGAGUCAUUCAAGAAGGCAUACGGCUGUCAUUCUCAGUGCCCUCGCGGCUCCCUCGCACGGCACCCACUGAGGAGCUCGUUUAUAAUGGGUACAGACUGCCCCCUGGUACUGUCAUGAGUGCAUCUUCUUAUCUGCUCCACACGGACGAGAAGGUAUUUCCCGAACCCUUCGAGUUCAGGCCUGAACGCUGGAUCAACGACACAGAUCACAUCGCGCGCCGCCAGUUUGUGGCCUUUUCGCGGGGUGCUCGCAGCUGUAUCGGUAUCAAUCUUGCUUAUGUAGAGCUGUAUGCGGUUGUGGCAGCGGUAUUUUCGCGUCUCGAGCUGAAGCUGUUUGAGACGUCCCGUCGCGACGUUGAGCUUGAAUCUGAGGGUUUCAUCGGUUACCGACCGAAAGAUUCAAAGGGUGUCAGAGUACAAGUGGUUUCAUGUAUCUAGAGACUUAGGCCUAGAAGACGGCAGAACUAAUAGCCAUAUCAAUCCUCAAAACGAGAAUAGAUAAUAGACAAUAAGCUGGGCCCUGAGGUCAGAACCAACCACCCUUGCGGCCCAUCUAACUCACAAUUACGGCAAUUCUGUACAAAA